AUGACGUCGGAGGAAGAUAAAGGAGUGCAUGUAGUCAACAAAUGGGACGGUCCGACCGUAAAAAACACGCUUGACGAGGUCAUAAAGAAGGUUUGUCGCGAGAAAAAUUGAUUUUCGAGUUGAAUAAAUGCCUUUUUUGCAGAUUCUAAACGACAAGGUCGGGUGGACAGAAUCGCACAGUCUGAUGAACGUGCGCCUCAUAAUUUCGGCGAUCGGAGUAGCGUUCUCCGCCUUCGCCUGCGCCUACGAUUUCUAUCAGCCGUUCCCGAAAUCGAAAAUUGUGAGUGAAAAACCUUUCACAGGAAGACAUAGCUUAAAAUUCAGCCGAAAAUUGCGCUUUUGCACAAAUUUUGCCCAAAAUCCACAAAUUUCGUUAAAAUCUGGUAAAAUGCGUGGAAACAGUUAGCCCUAGUCGUAAAUUCUUUAAAAUAUUCGUGAAAAGCAGCUGAGACACGUCUAGAACCUUCUAAUGUAUGAAUGCAGUGUGAAAAGACUUGUUCAGCCUAAAAAUACAGAGCAAAUCGCUAAAAUGUUCAUUUUCCAAGCAAAAACGCUAAAAAACACUUCCAGAUCCUGGCCGUCUGCUCGAUUUCCUACUUCAUCUGCAUGGGCGUACUCCAGCUGUUCCAGUGGUACGUCGAGAAGGACUGCAUCUACGAGGCGACCGAGGUGGACGGAAAGCAGACGCGCAAGUGGGCAUGGAGUUCGGAGAUCAAGGCGCACGACGACAAGUACACGCUUGCGGCCGAGUUCAAGAAGGAGGGCCGCUCCGGACAGGGCAAGAUCACCAAGUCGAUCGGCGCCUACAUCGACCACGACGGCGAGGUGAUCGUGCCGCUUCUGAAGAAGGAGGUCGACGAUUUGUACGCCCGUCUCAUCCGCAGCGAACAAUAA